GGGUGAAGUGAAGACCAUAGCAUGGUGGCUAGGCUGUAAGUGAAAAUAAACUCUCUCCAUCUCAUCCACAGGAUAAAGUGUUCGAUGUCUGGACCUACCACGGACUUCCCGACGAUCUCCGGCGGCAGUAUGGAGCCGAGCCCGCCGGUGCCCACCCUGGAUGACUGUAUUGGCUGUAAAUUGCCGGAUCCGGACUACCCACCGGUGCUGGUCACCAUUAUGUUCUGUGCCAUGGUCGUCACCAUCGUGGUAGACCUAAUCGGCAACUCCAUGGUGAUCCUGGCCGUGUCCAAGAACAAGAAGCUCCGGAAUACUGGAAACAUCUUCGUGGUCAGCCUGUCUGUGGCGGAUAUGCUGGUGGCCUUCUACCCCUACCCGCUGAUGCUGCACGCCAUGGCCGUGGGCAGCUGGGAUCUGGGCCACUUCCAGUGCCAGCUGGUGGGCUUCAUCAGCGGGCUGAGCGUGGUGGGCUCCAUCUUCAACAUCAUGGCCAUCGCCAUCAACCGCUACUGCUACAUCUGCCACAGCCUGCAGUAUGAGCGCGUCUUCAGUCCGCGCAGGGCCUGCAUCUACCUAGUGGUGGUGUGGGUCUCAGCGCUGCUGGCGGUACUGCCCAACAUGUACGUGGGCACAGUUCAGUACGACCCCCGCACCUACUCCUGCACCUUCAACUACCUCAACAGCCCGGUCUUCGCCAUCACCAUCGUGUGCAUCCACUUCGUGUUGCCUCUGCUGAUCGUGGGCUUCUGCUACGUGCGCAUCUGGACCCGCGUGCUCGCGGUCCGUGCCCUGGCGGUGCAGCACCCAGACAACCAGCUGGCUGAGGUGCGUAACUUCCUCACCAUGUUUGUCAUCUACGUGCUCUUUGCAGUGUGCUGGUGCCCCCUCAAUGUGCUCACGGUGCUGGUGGCUGCCAGCCCCAAGGAGCUGGUCAACAAGAUCCCCAACUGGCUCUACCUGGCCGCCUACUUCCUGGCCUACCUCAACAGUUGCCUCAACGCUGUCAUCUACGGGGUCCUCAAUGAGAAUUUCCGUAGGGAGUACUGGGCGGUGUUUCAUGCCAUGCGCCACCCUGUUCUCUUCCUCUCUGACCUCUUCAAUGAGCUUCAAGAGAGGCAGGAGGCCAGGGUCCUGGCGCGUGCCCGAGCUCGUGCCCGAGACCACGCCCGAGAUCAAGUCCAUGAGCAAGAGCGUGCCCUCACCGGUCCUGCUGUGGAGGAGCUGCCGAUGAGUGUCCGGAAUGUUCCACUGCCUGGGGUCAGUGUGGCUGGUCAGCCCGAGCAUGCCUCUACCCCUCCUCGGUCGACCUCUGUCCUCCGCAAACCUAUCUCCUGCCGUCCCAGGUCUGUCUUGAGCCACUCCAAGAGCACUUCCAGCCACUCCAAGUCUGCCACCGUGUACCCAAAGCCAGCUUCUGUCCAUUUCAAGUCUGACACUGUUCACUUCCGGCCUGCCUCUGUCCACUUCAAGCGUGACGCUGUCCAUGUCAAGACCACCUCCUGUCACCCCAAGUCAAUCAUCUCCGCUGCCAGUCACUGCACCACUCUCUUCAGCCCCUCCACCAGCCAUCCUAUGCCCACCACCCCCACCCACACCAAGCCUGUCACCUUCCACCCUGAAUCCAGCUCCGACCUCCCUGAAGGCAGUAGCUCCAGCCACUCCCAGGCCACCACUCCCAGCCAUCUUGAGUAUGACAUCUCCUGCCUCCCUGGGCCUGCCUGUAGCCCUGCCACUGGGUCUCCUGACUCUGGUGUCAGUCCUCUGGAGUUUGUUGCCAUGGCCACUGGUGAGCUUAGUGGUCCCACCUUGGCUGCCACUGCCACCUUCCAGUGCCAUGAGGUUGUGGUCAUUGAUGUGGAAGUUGAUUCUGAUGAACUGGAGCUGUGAGAAUUGUGAUGGGUGGACUAUCCAGGAGACCUUUCCCCAUUUAGUCUAGCAGAUGUAACCCACAGUGAGAGACACCUUACUGCACCUACACACACACACACAUACACACACACACACACACACACACACACACACAGUGAGCCCCACCUUGCCUCCAGACAACCCUCCCCACUCUUUACAUAAGUGUGUGUAUGUUGUGUGCAAGCUUGCUCUUCUCAGACCAGAUGUCCCCUCCCUGGACAUCUGUCCUCCUUAGUAGCCUUGAUCUUGAUUUCCCCCACCCCUGGCCCCCUCUCCUCUCCUCCUCUUCUUUCCUGCUCUCUUCUCCCACUCCCUCAGGGUGGGGGAGGAGUGCAUGCUGUCGCGAAAGCUUCUGUACUGUGACCCGUGACUGUGACUUGACUGCAAGCUUCAUGUUCCCAAGUGUGCCAGUCUCUGUUGUACUUUCAACGGCAGUCAGAAAGGCAGUUGAGAGAGUGCAGGUUUCUUAAUUCCAGCAACAGAUCUGAGCAGGAGCCCAUGUGUGCUCUUUUUAAAAUCAAUGUUGCUGCUUCUGAGAUCCUAAUGGCCCAAGGAAAGGUAGGGACACCGAGAGUGAUUUCUACUUUGUGCAACGUCACACCUUGGUGCUGAUUUUUAUAAGUCAAUCAGGAAUGCAAAUGAUGAGAUGUUUUUACCUUCUUUGUAGCCACUUGCCAAUUUUCUUACUUCCUUGACUUUUCCUAUGAUUUAGUUACAGAAAAAUAAAACACUUCCUUCUACUAUCUGAACUCUGGUUGCUAGGACCAAUUUCAUAUUCCAGCUCAUACCUACUCCUGACCUCAGAUAUUUUUUUCCCAGCAGCUUGAUUUUUCUACACUUUUCACUUUUUUUUCUUUUUAAUUCAAAAGGGAAUUGGGGCUAGUACACUGGCAGCCAGAAGUGAGUGGAAGGAAGUGGAGAUUGUGAGUAUUUCUUUAAGAGCUUCCCUUGCCUGGUACCUCCAUGCCUCCAGGUUGGGCAUGGAGGGGGAAGUGAGGCUCAGUGGCCCACAAGGUCAUAUUGCACAUGUCUUUUUGAUCAGCACACUUGAAAAGCCAGGCAAUGAGUUUUCUCCGGCACUCUGGAAUUGUUUGAUAUGAGUUUCAGUCAUUGAUCAACACUCUACACAAAAUCUACUUGUGCAGGUGCUUGUCAGUAGAUGUGGGACUGUAUUCUACUGCCUUAACUGGAUUCUGUAUUUGUGGUAGCACUCAAAUAAAACUGUUUCUGUGGCUUUGC